AGACUAGUAUGUCAAUGCGAUUUUUAGACGCCCAUAGGUUCUGAGUAAAGUCAGUUUUUAGACGUCAAUAGGUUCUGAGUAUAGUCACGUACAGUAAGAAUGAAGUUAUGUCGGCUGUAUACUCAGUAUAGCACAGCCUCAUGGAUCGCUUGGAAUUGGAAAAUUUUGUUUAUCAAAAUCUUGAUAGCCGACUCAGUGGCUGACACAGUGCCUGAAUGUGUACUCUAUAGAGAUGUUUGCGUUUGGAUACCAAGUAAACGCCUCAAUUGGGCAGAAGCACAAGAAUUCUGUGAGCGCAAUGGACCAUCAAGUCAGCUGGUCAGAGUAACUGAUAAAUCAUUUACGAAGGUAGCUGAACGUCUUUCACUCUCAAGAUUCCGUAACAUAAUUCAUCCAUUGUGGAUAGGUGCCACAGACAAAUCCAACGAGACUCAAUUCCAAUGGGCUGAUGGGACAACAGUUAAUUAUACAGAUUGGUUCACGGGACAGCCAAAUGAUGAUGGAUUGGGAGACGACGACUGUGUGGAACUCAGGAACAAAUUCCCCAACCCAUCCGGUGGUUGGGCAGACACAAAGUCAUUUCACUGGAACGACAUUAGUUGUACUGUAGAGAACUUCUUCAUCUGUGAACAGGAUAAAGAUCUUUAUAAGAUGUCUUCACAUAUCGACUGCUUACCUAUACUACAAAUCAACUUUAAUGAAACAAUGGUGAUAGUGACACUGAGAUAUAUGUUCUUCAACCCAUCCAUGUCACGCUGUGUGGACAUUAAUAGAAACAACAGUGAAAUGUCACUGACAAACUCAACUUAUAGAAUAUGCAAAUCUGUCAAUGGUACUAGAGAGGCAAUAGAUAUCUACAUGGUAGAUGUAUGCUUAACGCUAGUGACAGAAUCACAGGAAAACCUCUCUUUACAUUCAUCGAAUACGUCAUCUUAUAAAGACGUAAUAUUUACAUUUUGCUCAGUAGAAGAUGCUAGUUUUCCUUUGGAACAAUGUAACAAAAGCCUACGCAUGCGCAUCAUUAUCGAAACAUCAUCAACACAGUUGGGUGAAGGACACCCCAUAAUCGUUAUGCUAUAUUUGAUGACCGGGUCUAAUAAUACUCAUUAUCUCAGAAUAUCAAACUCUACCAGGGUAGAAUUGCAAGGGAGAAUUAGAAAAUUAACACGAGUUUUUAUGAGAUACACUUUCACUGAUACAUUCAACGAAUGGUAUGAAUGGGCUAAUAUUGAAAUUGGAAUGCGAUCCGAAUACAAUGAGAGAUUACCAUCACUUAUUGUGAUUAAAUACGUCAUAAAUCAGGAAAAUAGUGUACCGGUCCCUAUGUUACAAGUGAUAUUAAUCAAACAGGCAACAAACGCCCAUAUAAUACCAACAUUUGAUCAUGGAGAAAUAGUUAACGAUUUUCGAGAUGAAGGAAAUGACAACAAUACUGUUGGAUCAACUCUUAUUUUCAACGUUACAGAACAGGAAAUCGACAAACAAUAUCAUCUCCGGAUUGGGUUUUCAGGAAAGGAAAUUAAUUCUACAAGGAAUAUGGUUUUUACUUUUUAUUUAACAGACACUACAUUGGAAUUAAGUAGAGAGCACAAGGCCGAUGCAAACAGGAUACAAGUCACAAUACAGUCUGUGAUCUUAAUAACAUUCCUGUUAACACGUGGUGAGACUUUUAAAAUAGGAAUCAAACAAGCCACUGAUGACAAAAUUACAGAAGCAGUGUUGAACCUGGACAGAACGAGUAUCGGUGACAUAAGAGAGCUGCCUAUCAGGGAACCUAAAAAUGCUCAAUCUAACGCAAAGUAUAUACUUAAGCUCAUAACGCUUACGGGAUCACACGUCAGACUAUAUCUAAAUUCGUCAUCCUGUUACCUUUCAUGCAUAUCAAGUGAUUAUAUAAGCCUCUGUGGAAACACAGAUAGGAACGUCAGCGGUGCGGAUGAGCACGUGUUUGAUUGCGUGGGUCUAAAUGAAAAGUCGGCAUUGGAUGAAAACUCUAAUCAGACAUCUUCCAUGCAAAUACUUACCUCGGCGUCGAACUCCUUGAAUAUCCUCAUUAGCACUGGACAGGGAGGAGACAAGUCUAAUAUCUAUGCAACAUAUGAAGUGAUAGAGCAUUUGUACAACAACAGAAGCGUUGUUGAAGGGUGUACGGAUAUCCGAUGUAGCAAUGGUGGUUCAUGUAUAGCGCUCAUCGACAGGUCCAGAUCAAAUAGAACGUACUGUAAAUGUGCUAAUGGAUUUACAGGCUCGUUAUGUAUGACCAGUCCUUGUGCACACGUUGGAGGAUGUCAGCAUGGCAUAUGUAAUAUCUCAAAAGAUCAAUGCGAUUGUUAUCCUGGUUGGUUUGGUAACAAUUGUACCACACCUGCUGAAACCUGUGAUUUUACUCGUUGUAAUGGCCAUGGCACGUGUAACGGCCAGUUUUGUGAAUGUAGAAAUCCAUGGAAAGGUGAUGGAUGUACUAAGCAGAGUCAGCUUUUAUUCUCAACUAAUUUAAGUAUGAAAACAUUUGCCGAGCGAUUAUUGGACGAACCAUUUUGGAUAGGGGUCAUUGUAGUGUUGAUUGUGCUUCUAAUAACUGGGAUGGUUUACUGUAUAAAGAAGAAAUGUGCCGACAACUUUGAAUGUCUCCAAGAACAAAAGCCAGAUGAUACAGAAGUCUUUACAAGAACUGGGGAUUAUGGUCUGAAUAGCUCUAAACGAAAAGGCCAACACUUCGUUAUAGACAUAGAUAACCCAGCAAUGAUGGACAAACUUGAUACCGGAAAUGAAGCAACUGGGGGUACCCUUGACAUGCCUACUUCUCCACGCGUGAACGAAGACAACCUCGAGGCCGCUGCUAGGCUGUUUGCAUCUAUCAACCAUUCACAAGAGGAAGAUACAGACAGCAGAAAUCUGGAUAAAAAAGACGGAUUCCACGGUGUGCUUGGUGCAUUUAAUAAAACUAAUUUCACAGAAGUUCCACUUAGGAGGUCACAUACAAUGUACAACAGUCCAAAUUCUUCAAACCAGUUCAAAGGAAGUCACUUACAUAAGUCAAAAUCUUCAGAUUUUGCGAAGUAUGAACCUCAUUUCGUAAACACACUCAAAGUUGAACCACGUGAUGCACGUGACGCAUUUCUAGCCAGUGAAAUAGCUAAGAUAAGGAACAAUGUUAGGAUAAGACGUGACAGAUCUAACAGUGAAAGAAAAAGACAUCAAUUUGCAGUAACAAAGCAAUGUCACUUAGACAUGACUCCUACCCCUGUCAAUGAUAAUGUUUUCGAUUUCGACUUUGUUGACUCUUCCUUAGUUAAAGGAAAUAGGACUGAUGACUUGAGAAGAGAAUUAAGUCAAAUGGGAAAAGCAAAAUCAGAAACACACAUAGACUACGACAUUUGUUCGUCUUGUUCAGAAGAAAUAAGGAAUACUGAAGAAUGUAUGAGCGAUGGAAAUAACAGAGUCAGAGUAAAAACAAGAAAAAUCUUGCAAGAAUCUAAGAAAUGGAACUCUUACGAGGAUCGUUUGAUGGCACAUGCGCAGCACAAUCUUUCAACCUGUAGACGAUGUUGUAAGUGCUCUUGUUGCUCAAAAAGCCUUAGUUCCCAUGGUCGAAGCAGAGCCGAUCACCAAUAUCACCAGUAUAGAUAUCAACAUAAACGGAGACAUCAUAAAUCCAAGAAACCGAAGUUCUUUCUCGAAACAGAAGAACCAUCGAAUACACCAUCCAGUGGCAAAACUGCAAAAUCGGAUCUUCGGAAUAAACGUAAGUCGAAGCAUCGAUCUGCGAAGUGUCAUAAGAGUGACUGUUCUGACCCUAUCGAUAAUCCUAUAAAGAAUUUGCAAGAUAAUUUGUCAGUAUCAGAGAUGGGUGUCCCUCCGUAUCAAAUCAAGAAAGAGUCUGGAUACGAAUCAAACCAAGGCAGCCACGAUCGAAGUGAUGAAUCAGCCACCGAUUUAAGAAAAUUAGUAAUAUUUACGAAUCACCGUAAUGAGAGCUCAACAGACGGUAAGGACGAUGGCUCAUCGAUAUAUUAUACUGAAACGGAUCUUAUUGAAAAAAGUUUACAGAAAGAUAAAGAUAGCAUUGCUCAAUACAGUAGUAUCGCUGUUGAUAUACACAAUGAACCACCUGGCAUUUUAGAUGAUCCCAUGGACCCCAUUAGUUCUCUCAGAUCAUGUAAUGAUAUGAUCUUUACUAACGAUACAAAUAAAGCUGCACAUAUGACAUUUUCAUCAGAUGGUUUCCCCGAUGAAUGCGAGACUCCACUUACAAAAAUCCCAAUCUCCGAAGCCGGUGAGUAUUCAUUAUCAUCGGAUGGAUCAUCACCUUAUAGUCAUGGUACCAAAAAACGUCCAGUUGGUAUGAGUCUUCAACGCAGAGAACAUAGGCUUCGUCGUUUGAUGACAGAUUCAGCCUACCAAUCAAAGGAAUCCUCUAUAGAGUGGCACAAUUCACACAAUAGAUCCUCCACCCAAGGAAGCCCAAAAUCAAACAAUAGCAGUUUAAGGUGUGUGACAAAACAGUUGACUCAGGCAGCAGAUAGGCUGGCAAAAUUAGAGUCGAUUGUGGACAGUGACUGUUUACUGAUAAAACAGGAUUCGGAAAGACACGGCGAUUGCAUUGUGGAUAAUCGGGAGUCAACGGUGGACAAUGAUUCAACCCUUGCAAAACUAGAAUCAAUUAGAAACAGUGAUCAAAUACGGGAUAGAAAAGAGUCGCUUGAGGAAAGUCAACGUGUACUCGCACAGCUAGAAUCGAUCAAGAACAGUUACCCCACACUUGCAGAUGAGUCGAUCAAAGACAAUGAAUCAACGAUGCAAGGGUUGAUUGAGAACUGUUCACCCAAUUUCGCGAAACAACACUUAAUCAAGGACAGUGACCUUACAAUUGAACAAAUCGAAUUUGCGAAUGAAAGGUAUCCAAAACUUGAAAAAAUAGAUAAAUCGACUAAAAAUGACAGUAAGCUUGCAGAAUUCGAAUUGACCAGGAACACAAACUACCUACUGAAUAAUGGCAUAACAAUACCAAAUGACAGUGACACGGACAGUAAGGAGAUAAAUAUACAAUUUCAACCCAUUGACAAUGAUUUGCAAUCAUCAUGCUGGACUUCUGAUUUAAACAAGGAGGCUUCAAAUUACAAUAUUCAGAACGCCGAGUGUUACCGGAAGGGAAGUUUGAUGUCACGCUUCCCGGAAAAACGUAAACAUCGUGACAGUGACGUAAAUGUUGUAGAAAAUAUCGAACUAAAUGACAUGAGUUCUAAAUCAUUUGACAGUAAAGAUAAUGCAUAUCAAAUUGAAGUUAUACCAGACAUGAAAAAUAACUCUGAAAUCUGUGACAGAAUACCAGAUGCGUCACUUACACAAAAACCUGGCAAGUCACAUAGACUUGAAACAUUCGCUCAGCUUAAACCAAAACAGAAAUAUGGUAUGAGCAAAUCAUUAGAUUUGCCUGGUCUCUCUGAAAGACGCAAGUGUUUGAAAAAACUUCGAUCUCAGUGUACUGUUGAUUUUACUCAAGACAAAACGUCCAUGUUGUUGGAUAGCCCUAAUCAACAUAUGCAUAGCUUAAGAAAGAUGAACACAAUUGUAAUCGAGGAGGAACUUUAAACGUAAUGCUCAUAUAUAUUUUUCAAUAUAUUUUUAACAUAAGUGCAGUAGGGGUUUAGCAACAUAAACAUUGCAAUUUGUGACGUUUAUCAUUCCCUUGAUAGUAGAUUUUAUCAAUAGCUAGAAUAUUUAUUUCUGAAAAAUCCCAAAUUGAAACAGUGAGUGCCAGUGCGUGCAGAGGACGAACGUAGAAUUAUAGUAACAGUAAAUAUUAUAUGUACAAACAUAAUCAGUUACAAUUUGGAAAAGCAUCUUAACUAUUGCCAAGGGGGCAUUAAUAGCAGCUUCAUAAAGUUGAGAAUUCCUACAUAGCUGUAACCAAAAACAUAUGAGGUUAUAAUAAAACAAACAUGUACUUUUGGAAUUUUUCAAGUAUAUUAUGACCCUCUGCUGAUAAUCAACAUAUAUCCGAUUAUAAUGAAAGUUGCUUAUCUAUUAAAAUUCAGAUUUACAAUAUUUAUUUGUCAUA